AAUACAACACAUUUUAAAAGUAGACCAUCUGUCUGAAUCAAUGAUCAUCAUUCUUCCCCAACCAUGACAACCACCACCAACAAAAGACAAUCAAAUCCUAGAUUCAGAAUCACCCCUUCUUCUUCAACUCAAAAUCAGAAAAUCAAAAAAUACAUCCCCCAUUUCUUCAUUAUAAUCACCAUCCUCUCACUAACUCUCUUUCUAUCUCUAAAACCCACACCCAAAACCCUUCCAAACCCAAACCCCACCUCCCAAUCCAUCUCUCCCAACCUCCCAGAACUCCCCAAAUUCGCUUACUUUAUAACCGGCUCGAAAUCGGAUGGACCGAGGCUGAGCCGGUUGGUUCGGGCUAUAUACCAUCCAAGAAACUAUUAUUUGUUGCAUUUGGAUCUUGAAGCGAGUGAUGGUGAGAGAAUUGAGCUUGUGAAUAAUGUGAAAGGAUUAAAGAAUGUGAUGAUUGUUAAGAAAGCUAAUUUGGUAACUUCAAAAGGGCCUACUUUUAUUGCUUGUAUAUUACAUGGUGUUGCUCUUCUGUUGAAACAAGCUAAAGAUUGGAAUUGGUUUAUUAAUCUUAGUGCUUCUGAUUAUCCCCUUAUGCCCCAAGAUGAUAUCCUUCACAUUUUUUCCUACUUGCCAAGGGAUUUGAACUUCCUCGAGCACACAACCAACAUUGGCUGGAAAGAGUUUCAAAGGGCAAGGCCAAUCAUUAUUGAUCCCGGCUUAUAUCAUUUGAAGAAGUCUGGCGUGUUCUGGGCCAAAGAGAAACGAUCUAUGCCCGCCUCAUUCAAGCUGUUUAUGGGUUCUGCAUGGGUUGUGCUCACAAGGCCAUCUCUUGAGUUUUGCGUUUUGGGAUGGGAUAAUCUCCCACGCACUCUUCUUAUGUAUUACACAAACUUCUUGUCAUCGACCGAGGGCUACUUUCACACUGUUUUAUGCAACCAUAAAGAUUAUCAAAACACAACUGUCAACCACGACAUGCACUAUAUUAAAUGGGACACUCCCCCAAAGGCUUACCCUGUUAAUCUUACAAUAGAACACUUUUCUGAGAUGCUCGAAAGCGGGGCUCCAUUUGGCCAUUCUUUCGCAAAGGAUGAUCCUGUCCUUGACAAAAUCGACAGAGAACUUUUGGGAAGAACUGGGCCUGUGGGUAAAUCAGUCCAACGUAGUGUCAUCUUCCCAGAUGCUAUUAGGCCGUCGAUGAGUUCAAAGAGACUUGAGAAACUUGUAUCUAAUCUUUUAAGCACUGAGAAUUUCAGGCCUAAACAGUGUAAGUAAUAUGGUAUAAAGCAUUGUAAUUGUCCCGAUUCAUGAUCCUUUCUGCUGUAGUUGUGUUUUAGUUGGUGCCGUAAGAAAUUUUGAAUUUGUUCAUAUGAUAGUCAGCCUUAUAUUAA